GCGUUGCCAUUUGUAAAUCUACGUCAUUUCCUGUCUUAGGAUUCAGCGUUCAACCGGUUAUGGCGGACACGCGUGUAGUAGAGGCGCUUCUUCAGCGCAUUGAGAAGGCCGACGACGGCGUGGAAAGCCUGAACGUGGCACGCAGCCUCGGUGUUGACCACCAGGUCAUCGUGGGUGCCGUGAAGAGUCUACAAUCUCUCGGUGAAAUAAUCUCAGCUGAGUUACGCUCCUCCAAACAUUGGGAGCUAACCAAAGAGGGCAAUGAGAUUGCCGAGCAAGGCAGCCAGGAAGCCCGGGUCUUCAACUCUGUCCCGUUGGAGGGGCUGACCCAAAGUGACCUCAUGAAAUUGUCCUUUGGAAAGAUUGGCUUCAGCAAGGCCAUGUCCAACAAGUGGAUCCGGCUGGACAAAGGCCAUGAAGGCGGGCCCAGGAUAUUCAGAACUGUGGAGAACGUAGACGACCAGGUUAGAGAGAAGCUUCUGCUCGUUCAGGAAGGCAUUUCUUCAAACUUGGAAGAGAAAGACAAAAAUGAACUGAAGAAGCGGAAACUUCUAGUUGAGGUGACGGUUAAGUCCUACUGGAUCACAAAAGGCAACUCCUUCACCACCACAGUCACCAAACAGGAGACGGAGCUCACCCCUGAGAUGAUUGCCAACGGGAGUUGGAAAGAAAAAAAUUUCAAACCAUACAACUUUGAUGCCUUGGGUGUGGCUCCAGACUGUGGCCACCUGCAUCCACUGAUGAAAGUGCGAACGCAGUUCAGACAGAUCUUCCUGGAGAUGGGUUUUACGGAAAUGCCAACCAACAACUUCAUAGAGAGUUCUUUCUGGAACUUCGACUCGCUUUUUCAGCCGCAGCAGCACCCAGCUCGAGACCAGCACGACACCUUCUUCCUGUCCGAUCCUGCUCUUGCCCUUGAGUUACCGCAGGACUACUUGGAGAGAGUGAAGAGGGUCCACUCAGAGGGUGGCUUUGGUUCACAAGGGUACAAAUGUGACUGGAAGAUUGAGGAGGCCAAGAAGAAUAUCCUCCGCACGCACACCACAGCUGUCAGCGCACGCAUGCUGUAUAAACUUGCACAACAGGAAAAGUUCACCCCUGUCAAAUACUUCUCCAUCGACCGGGUGUUCAGGAAUGAGACAUUAGACGCCACCCAUCUGGCCGAGUUUCACCAGAUUGAGGGUGUGGUCGCCGACUAUGGACUUACAUUGGGGGACCUCAUGGGUGUUCUGCAUCAGUUCUUCACCAAACUAGGAAUUACUAAACUACGUUUCAAGCCUGCCUACAACCCCUACACAGAGCCCAGUAUGGAGGUGUUCAGCUAUCAUGAAGGACUGAAAAAAUGGGUGGAAGUGGGGAACUCCGGGGUCUUCCGACCAGAGAUGCUGCUGCCUAUGGGUCUUCCUGAGGACGUGUCUGUUAUUGCAUGGGGGCUGUCUUUGGAAAGACCUACCAUGAUUAAAUAUGGCAUAAACAACAUCAGAGAGCUGGUGGGACACAAGGUCAACCUACAAAUGGUCUAUGACAGCCCCAUUUGUCGACUGGACUCCUGAGUUUGGUACAGACUUUUUUUUUUUUUUUUUUUUUUAAACGACGGACCCACCUUGUCACCAUAGCCGUAAUUAAGCAUAAUUAUAUUUAAUGGCAUUUUAAAAUCAUGAGAGAGGCUGUUGUAUACACUCUUGAAAUAAUUCAUGACAUCAGUCUAGGAACCAAUGGCAUUCUCUGUUGUAAAAACAACUCAACUGUACAGGAAAAUCUGUGUUUGCUUUUUGAAAGAUAAAAUAAACACCUGCACUACUCUGA